UUUGAGUCUAUGCUGGUUGCGAGGGAAGCGAUGUGAAAUGUUGAGGACUUGAUCAAGUCAUUUCGCCAUUAGGGGGCCCACUUUAGGUUUAGUAUAUAGACACUUGACGGGACGAUGAUGUUGGCAGUAUCUGAUUUACAGCUGUAACAGGGGAAAGGUAAAGUGUUCGAGUGGCGACAAUCCACGCCGGCAGCUGAACUACCACAGCGUUUCCACACCUGCCCAGAUGUCCCGGAUGUAGACAAGAUGGCGGGCCUGGAGCUGCACGAGGCUGCGGCAGUGAGCGACUACGACACGCUCGAGGAGUACCUGCGCAGCGGCAAGUUUGACGUCAACUUGAAAGAUGAAGACUGGCACAACAUGACUGCCAUGCACUGGGCGAGCACUAAAGGAUUUGGGGAGGGGAUCCGCCUUCUUCUGGAGCACGGGGCCAAGGCUUCUUCACGCACAGAAACAGGCUGGACUCCCGCUCACUGUGCAGCAGAGACUGGUAAACUGACAUCGUUGCGCGCUCUUCACAACGCAAACAUUCCAAUAGACCGAAAAGACAAGUACGGCGACACACCCCUGCGGAUAGCGACGAUAUACAACCACAAAGACUGCAUUAAAUACUUGAAACAAGCUGAAGCGGAGCUGAAAGAGAGGAGGGAUAGGUUGGGCAUUGACGACAACUCCGAUGACGACUACGACGACGAUGACGACCGAUGUCGCAGUGGCAAGUGAAGACGUUGAUAACUCCGCUGCUGAUGCGUCCAAAUUAACAAUACGACUCAAAAGAAUUAAAAGUGCACCCGAUAGAUAGAUUAACUAAACAUUCCAGGUAGUGGUCCGUUACUGCAGACCAAAGCUGACAAACUUGCAGUGUCAUUCUAGUCGUUGAUGAUGACUCUUCUUACACACUGUCGAUGUCUGAAUUUCACUCGAGGCCCAGUAGUCUGAGGCUUGCAAAUCGCUGUGCAGAGUUGCGUCCCUUUGGCACGCCAUACACCUGUGGUCGAGGGUUCGAGUCCCGGAUCGUCCCCAUUAUGUUUCCAGGUUUGUCAGCACCAUACUCGUGCUCGUUGGUUUCACCAAAGUGGUAGACACUUCGGGUUUUUCUUCCACAUUAAGCUGACACGCCAUGAUCUAACUGGACCAAACUCACUCACUUAUCACAACGUCUUGGCCAUGGGCACCCUUUUUAGUUUCCCUUUAAGACCUUUUACCACUUCUAUCGCGACUUUCUCUUUGAGGGCAACCAACAGAGACACUUUAUGCUGAUUGGAAUAUAUUCAAACCGGUAUCAUAUCAACUAUGACAUUGUGACUUUUCAGUUGUGCUGUGAGUGAUUGAUGAUAUUAGCUUUAUCCUGCUUACUAUCUAAAUAUUAACGGCUAGUCACGCGUUCAUGAAUGUUUGCAUGUAUGUGAAUAAGUCUAUUUGAAUCUUACUAUGGCCACAUGUAUAUUAUUGUCUGGCAUUUCAAUCACCGCCUGUUCUCUCUCACCAUAAAGGGGGGGCGAUUGGGUAGCCUAGUAGUUAAUGCGUUAGCUCAUCACGUCCAAGAGCCGGGUUCGAUUGCCUACAUGGGUAAAAUGUGUGACGCCCAUUUCUGGUGUCCCCCGCCGUGUCAUUGCUGGAAUAUUGCUUAAAGCGGCGUGAAACCACAGACUUAUUGCAUCGGUCUAUGAUACAGAUUGACUAUGCAUGGCUGAAGACGUUUUUUAGAAAUCUUCUGUGCCAGGAAACAAUUAAUUAACUUCUUGACAUGGAACAAAAUACAGUAAAUGUAGCUUAAUGUGACACUGGCGGUUACUGGCCGGGAUCUACUCAUUCAGUCACUGACAAGCCCGUCAGUCUUUGGUGGUCAGUGGCGAACUUUUCAGUUUCUAGCAUAUGCGGGCCCAUCUGCACGAAUGUUGUGUUGUAUACAGACGAGCAUUACAAUAGAUCAAUUUCAUUCAUAAAAUGUCAUUCCAAAUUUAAAUUAAACCGUUCGAUUUACAUUUGUGAAUGAUGGUAGUUUUAGAAGCGUCCAUUCGUCGAGGCAAGUUAAGAUAACCAAGAAUGAUGUGAUGUAUCGUUUAUGUAAGUAGCGUGGAGUCGGUCAGUGAGAGAACCUCAACAUAAGCAUUUCUUUUAGAAAACCGGGUUCUCGAAAACGGUCGAAGUCAUGCAGCCCAGGUCUAUUUCCAAAACCCAAGCGCUUGCCAAAGAGAGAGAGAGUGUGUGUGUGUGUGUGUGUGUGUGUGUGUGUGUGCGCGCGCGCGUGCGUGUGUGACCUUUAAGUGCAUUUAUCCUGAGAUGACCUUUAUAUCCCCUGCAGCAAACCGCGUAGUGAACUCUUCGCCUUAUCUUAUAUGUGGUAGAUAUUGUUAUGAAAAUAUAGCUUCAUAUCCCUUGGCCUUAUCAUAUGCUGUUGUGGUAGAUAUUGUUAUGAAAAUAUAGCAUCAGCAUAACGGAAUUAUCUGUAAAUAUAAGUUUAUACCGUGAUGAAUACAAUAAACAUAGAUUUUAUGUA